CUGUAUCUUAAAAUACAACAGACUCUAAAUCUAGCUUGUUUUGCAGCCCCAACAGUAAGGUUUCUUACCAUGCAAUUCAUUGGAGAAUAUGCUUCUAAUUUUGAUAAAUUGGAUGAAGGAAAACCACAGAAAGCAAAAUUCUCCCUCACAAGUAAGCUUCACUAGGCAGAUGGGUUUGUUACUGUGUUUGACAUCAAUGAUAGGUCUUUGUUUGCUUUUGCAAGAGCACUGAUCUACAGAAUUCGGGAGUCACAAACUAGUCAUUGCAAAAGAGUAGAUAUCUUGGCAGAGUUUCAUACCGCUUACAGGCUACUUUUGGUUGGCAACAAGCAAGAUCUCUGCCAUGUGUGAGAGGUUGGCUGGGAAGAAGGGCAAAAGCUGGCACUGGACAACUGGUGCCAAUUCUGUGAACUGUCUGCCACAGGACAGUCUCUUGAGGUAGUAACGAUGUUUAUCAGAAUUAUCAAGGACAUCCUGGCGAACUUCAAACUCAAAGGAAAGAGAUGACCCAGUGGAUCUAAAUCAAUGGCCAAAUUGAUCAAUAAUGCAUUUGGAAGGAGAAGGAAAUCUGUUUAG